CCUUGUGUGUAAAAGUUUUUACACAGCCCAAUGUAACAUGCUGUGAUGGAGGAGUGGAGAGGGCACAGACUGAAGCAGAUUGUGGCGGCGGCAGCACAGUGUGUGCAUCAAAUCGAAGCUGGAAUCCCUUAAUCAGGUCCAUGCCUAGCAAAGCCUUGCCAUUGUCAACGAUGAAGAAGUUUGCAGGACAGGAUGGACACUGAUGAACCAGUGUCCACUGUGAGCUGUAGAGACACAGGGAUGGCAGCAGGUAUGGCAUUUAUGAUCACAUCACACAUCAAAUGGUCAGUUUCUCCAGGUAGAUAGAGAAUGCAGACCUCUGGUAAUUCAACUGAAUGCACUGAACGCGUAGGAGCAGAACGGCAGACUCGUGCGAAAUGUCCAGUCUUAUUGCAAUUCUUAUAUUUAGCAGAUGCAGCAGGGCAAUUUUGUGCGUUUGCAAGAUGUCCAGCAGAGCCACAAUGAAAGCAUGUCCGAGCUGACGAAGAAGGAGCAGAAGCAGAGGGUUUUGAGUCUCAGGACUCACCAUACUCAAUGAGCGUACAGCGCAAUGUCAGAGCGCUCUGGGCAAACGGCAAAGGGGAAGGAUGGCAAAACCAAGUAUGCGUCUCUCAACCUGUUUGAUACCUACAAAGGAAAGAGCAUUGAAGCACAGAAACCUGUUGUUGCCCCUCGUCAUGGCUUACAGUCUCUUGGUAAAGUUGCCUCUGCACGGCGCACCCCCCCUGCCAACUUGCCUAGUUUGAAGGCAGAGAACAAAGGCAACGACCCCAACGUCUCGCUCGUUCCCAAAGACGGCACAGGAUGGGCAAGCAAGCAGGAACAAGCAGACCCAAAGAGUACCGAUGUAUUGUCAGCAGCGCAGCCGGAGUCGCAGCAGCCUGUGGUCUCACAGACGUCUGCGCCGAGCAUGCCGAGAACACCCCCAGCUCAAGAGGCCCCAACUCAAGCUCUGGCCGCAGGGCCAAAGUCCUGGGCUCCGGUCAGUGUUACACUUGGAGUACAAGGAGAUGGUGGAAAGGGAUCAAACCAACCGUCGCCAUUCUCUCGCGAGGAAUUUCCCACCCUGCAGGCGGCUGGAGACCAGGACAAAGUUGGCAAAGAACAGGCCACUGCAGAUCAGUGGUAUGGGCCAGGACCAAGCCUCCGCCCCCAAAACGUAACAAGUUGGCGGGAUGGUGGGGGCCGGGCAUUGGCACCCACCCUGGCUGGGGAGGUAGUUGCGGAGGGCGGUCCUGGGGGAGUCAUGGUGAUGGAGGGUGCUGCUGGGGCCCCUCCCAUCCCACAGCAGAAUGCAGCUUCUCACGGGCCGCCUAGAACUUCCCCAUCCAGUAACCCCGCACUUCCCCUCCCCCAGCCACCUAUUGGCCCGCAGUUCCAGGCUUACAGAGGCAUCAUGCCUCCCUUCAUGUAUCCACCUUACCUGCCCUUCCCACCCCCUUAUGGUCCACAGGGACCUUACCGGUACCCAGCCCCAAAUGAGGCCCCUAGGUUUUCUCGGUCACAGGGUGGAGUAGGGCCUGAUGGGCGGCCCCCUGGAGGCCCCCGGGGUGAAGUGGUAAAACGCCCAUCCAUCCUCAAACAGGAUGAUCUGAAGGAGCUGGAUGAGCUGGAUCAUGACGGAGAUGAGGGCUGGGCUGGAGCACAGGAGGAAAUUGACUACUCUGCAAAAUUGAAGUUCAGUGAUGAUGAAGGAGAGGAUGAUGGGGAAGAGGAACGGACUGAAAGCAAGAAUGGAACCCGGGAGUCAAGGGAGCAGCAGAGAUCCCAAGAUGGACUUGCACCUGUUUCACGUUCUCGGGCAUCCAACAGUGGAGGGGAUUCGCGUCAAACCCCUCCUUCCUCUGCUGAAGAUGGCUCCACGUCCCCCUCCAGCAAGCCAGGCUGGGCCGAGGAGGGUGGAAACAGCUGGAGCAGUCAAGCAAAUGCAGGAUCUUAUCAGGGGCGUAGGCCUGGACUAAGUGGCCCAAGGGAGCAGCUCUCCCCCUUACCAGGUCCACUUCUUGGACAAGGGCCCUACUCCUACUACCACCAGGACCGGCCUUCGAACCAGUCGCCAAUCUCAGGCCCCAUCCUAGCCCCCCAUAUGCCCAGUGGUGCCCAGGCACAGCAGCAGGCAGGGGCAAUGCCUGGUGGGACGACCCCUCCUCCCUCCAACACCCUGCUUCCCCAGCAACAGGGUGAGGAUGAGGAUGAGACAUGGCGGCAACGGAGGAAACAGUCAUCAACUGAGAUCUCUGCUGCGGUAGAGCGUGCCCGGCGGCGGCGUGAAGAGGAGGAGCGGAGGAUGCAGGAGGAGCGCCGUGCUGCCUGCGCAGAGAAACUGAAAAGACUUGAUGAAAAACAGCAGCAGCAACAGACUAUGAAACCCAGCAGCCCCAGUGAUGCUCCAACAAACAGCCCUAGUCCUUCCUUGUCUGCACCUGCUUCAUCUCCUAAUGUCAGUCAGCCACCAUCACCCUCUGUGGACAUUGAAGACCCUCUUCUAUCAUCCACUCAAGGAAGCGGAACAACACUAGGGUUGAAUAUUAAUAACCGACAGCGGGCUGGCAGCAACAGCAGCCAUGACUCCAGCACUGAAUCUCAGCAGGCUCUGCAGCCUCAAUCCACCCAGCAUCCACAAAUCCUGGAUGUCCCAGUGCCUGGAGAUGCCAAGGAGGAACCUGUGGUGCAUAUCCGCACUAGAGGUGGAGAUGACACAGUGAAGGUGGUUGAAAAUGUUGGUGGAACUGGACGACAGGGAAGUGGUUCAUCUGGGCAAGGCUUUUCCAAGUAUCAAAAAUCACUUCCUCCUCGUUUUCAGAGGCAACAACAGGAGCAACUUCUCAAACAGCAGCAGCAGUGGCAGCAGCAGCAGCAGCAACAUAACCAGGUUGCCCAAAGUCAGCUCCAGUCCCAGCCUCAGAAUCAGCAGGGCCCCUCCCCUGGUGCCACACCACAGUCUGGCCCCAAACAACCAACCCUUUAUGCACCUGGCUCAAUGGGACGUCCUCCACCUCUGCCUAUGAACUUUGAUCCCCGCUGGAUGAUGAUGCCCUACAUGGAUCCCCGAAUGAUGCAGGGACGUCCCCCACCCAUGGACUACUACACAACCAGCAUGCAUCCUACUGGGAUGAUGAGUCGAGAGCGUUCUGACUCUGGUGGCUCUGGGUCAGAUCAGUUUGAUAGGCAGCAGCAUGGUGGACCCCCUCAUCCCCAUCGUGGCACACCCCCAAUGGAUCCCAAACUGGCUUGGGGACCAGAUGGUUUUCCAGGGGGUACUGAGGGUCGAGGUCUAAGCUCCCCUCUACGUCAGAAAGCUGUUGAGGAAGAGGAGGCUGGCAAAGGUCAAAGAAGUGACACUCCUCCAAUACUUAUGCGGGAGGGAGGCACAGCUCCCAUUCAGCCUCCCAGUUCUCCAUCUGGCUCAUCCAACCAAACCCCACCACCUCUUGGGAUUCAAGUUGGGGGCCAGGGUGCUAGCCACCAUGCCCAUCAUCAGCCCUUUAUGGGUGGGCGAGGAGGUUUCGGUAACUACCCUGACAAUGGAUCCAGAAUGGGCUCCCACCUGCAGCAAAGGGCCAGUAGUGGAGGGACAUUACAUGGUUUUGGCCAUCAGGAGGGUAGUCAACAGAGCCAGAUCUGGGGGACUCCUCAUCCCCAUUAUGACCGUAAUGGCCGUUCUGAUCACUCGGCCUUGGAGACCAACUCUCAUCUCCAACACCAUGGUCCUCCUGCUCAUGCCCCUCACUUCUCCCUUCAUCCUCAUAAGCAAGAGAAUGGCAGAGAGCGAGAAAAAAGGGGGGAGCCAAAAAAGAGUGACCCUUCACCUCCACUCCAUCAGCUGUCCCUUUCCCCUUCCUGUUCAUCAUCAUCAUCUUCCUCAGCUAGAGAAGAUGGUAGUGGAAAACAGUCACUACAUAAUCAGGUACCACCACCGAGUGAACAUAAUACUGGAUCUGCUCAUGCUUCAGGAAGGAAACAGGAGAAGAUGGGAAAUAUGCAAAAUCAGCCUCCACAGCAUUCUCUGCAGCAGCACCACCACCCUAAAUCCAACCCUCGCAGUCGGGAGCACAAAACUGAGACACACUGGGGCCCGAGGCCUGGUAGCAGUAGUGCAAGUGGGGGCCCAACUCAUAACAGAAAGGCUCCAGGCUCUGGAAUGAGUGGAAAUACUGAAGAAUCUGCAAAUCAGGGGCCUGAGAACAAAUCCUUUACUCACUCAGAUGGCACCACAGUUAAGCGGGCAGGUCCUAUUAAGAAACCAGUACUUAAAGAGAUGAAAAGAGAGGGUGGUGAAGGAGGAGGAGAAAAGAUAACUGGAGUCUCUGGUAAAGAUAAAGAAAUAGAUGCUAGCCAGACUGCAACCAAACAAGAAACGGCCUCUGGGGCCCAAGCAGCUUCAGCACUCGGUGGGAAAGAAGAUGCAGUCUCAUCAAAUAAACCCAGAACUGGUGGAAAGGAGCGAGGUAACCCUGGGGGUACAGGUAAAGGAUUCAAAAAUGGAGAAAGCUCUAUCCAGAAUUCUGGCUCUUCAGCUCCCCAGUCCAGGAGGGAAAGAGAGCAUUCUGCUGAAAGAGGAAGCACAAUUUACCAUGCAUCUUCAUCCAGAGGGAGCCGAUCCAACCGUGGUCGAGGAGAAUUCUACGGCCGAGGCCGGGGUUACAGGGGCACUUACACUGGUAGUGUAGGUGGUGGCAGCCGUGGGAAAGCAGGAGGCAGGAACAGCAGGGAUUAUAGAUCAGCUAACAACAGUGGCUACCACCAUGCACCUUCUAAUCAAGAAUACAAGCGAGAGGCAUCCUCUGGUAGUGGUAGACAUGGACAUGGGGGCUCUCACCCGAAUCCGGGGCGUGCUAGAAACCGAAGUGAGACUCGAAGUGAAGGCUCUGAAUAUGAAGAGGUGCCAAAGAGGAGAAGACAACGGGGAUCUGAAACAGGCAGCGAUAGUGCUGGGAGUGACCUUGCUCACUCUGACAAGGAAGACCGCAAGUCAAACACCAAGACUGGUAUCGGAGGAGAGAACCCUACAAUAGGUUCUUCUUCAGCUCCAAUCAGAAACUCCCAGACAAGAGUGUUCACACCAAGGGGAGUGCCAUCUAGACGUGGCAGAGGUGGUGGUGGUGGAGGUGGAGGUGCUGGAGGAGGUCUCCACAGAAGUGGAGGCAGUGCAGGAGCAUCUGGUGGACACAGAUCUGGACCUGGCUCCGCUUCUCAUGGCUGGUCUGCAAAAUCUGCAACUGUGCGAAAGCAUCUGACAUCCUCACAGCCACCACUUCCUAAAGAUACAGGCCGUGGAGCCAAUAAUGACAAGAAGAAAGCUGCAGACCAGAAUCCGUCUCAGAGUCACAGUGCAAAUCCCUCCGCACCUAAUUCCUCUGUGCCUACAGCUAUCCAACAGGGCUCCACCGAGAAUGGAAGUGCUGGAGCCCCACUGUCCUCAAGUAAUGUUCCAUCAAAUGCCUCUGGCACUCCUAUCCAGACUCUUCCUCUGUCUGCCCCUGACGGACGAAGUUUCCCUAACAGGGGAUUUGAGCGCCCCCCUCGUCGCAGACGGCACGGACGAUCUCAGCAUCAGCAGGACAAACCUCCCAGAUUCCGCAGACUUAAACAAGAGCGAGAGAAUGCAGCCCGUAUAAAUGGAAGCAGUGGAAUUAUUGAAGUCGUAGCUGGACAACAGCAGCAGCCUUCUUCACCGUUGCAGAAUUCCCUGCAAGAAACCAAUAGCACUCCCAAUGCACCUACCGCAGCUGUUGCAAAUGCAAACCACAGUGUGUCUGCAACUUCUAACAAUAAUAAGAAUAGCAGCAACCUUGGGGGUGGAAACCAAAAUUUCAACAGCCACCACCACCAUCACUACCAGGGCAACUCCCAGUCGCACCCUCAACACCAUCACAACCAUAACCCAGCUGGGGGUGCCAAAUCUCCAGACGUCUCUAACCAGAACUCUGAUCAGGCCAACGAGGAAUGGGAAACAGCCUCCGAAAGCAGCGAUUUCACAGAGUUUCGAGAAAGAGAGGGUGGAGGAGGUGGUAAACCCUAUUCCUUCCACCACCACCAUCACCAUCACCACCAUCCAUCAGGAAGAGGUGGUGGUGGUGGCGAGAGAGAGAUGACCGCUAAAGAAUUGGCCACCAACAAGAGAAGCUUCUCCAGUCAGCGGCCUGGAAUGGAGAGGCAGAACAGAAGGGUUAAUGCCGGUGGUGGUGGUGGUGGUGGAGGAGGAGGAGGAGGAAGAGGCCCCAGGGGUCCACCUGGCGCUGGUGGGGCGUUCGGUGGAGCUGGCAAUGGUGGGGGAAAUCGUGGUGAGAGGCGUGGCAACUGGCCCUCUCCUAAGAAUAGGAAGUGAUGUUUUGGUUUUUUUUAAUUUGGAAAUUUUUCAAAUGCAUCCCUCUAUCAUUGGCCACUCUUUUCUGUAAAACAUCUUCCCCCUUAACAUGUUAAUACUUUAUUAUCAUAAAAGAUUAGUUAAGACCAUGAACACAUUCUAGUUCUUUUGGUUUAUACCUUUUUGUCCCUUACUUAGAAAUUCACACUGUCCUUUCACACUCCCACAAAUCCUGAGAUUUUACAUAUUACACCCCAUUUUUAAUGGAAAUAUAUCCUGACUAAAAAUGCAUUUGACCAUAUGGCCCAUUUAUGUUUGCAUAUACAAGCAUAAAAUGACCAAUCAACCUAACAAAGAUGUGCUUAGUUUGUGUAUACUGGGCACGUUACGUGUACUUGUGUAAGAACUUGUGGCUUGAAGUAUAUAUAUGAAAGGCCAAGGUUGAUAUUAUGUACUUGUGUAUUCACAUCACAUGUUGGAUUGUGGAAGUUGCUCUUUUAAUGAGAACAAAUUUAUCAUAUUUGUUUUCCCCCUUCUUGUGUUAUUUUUCCAUUUUCAACCUCUUAAAGGUGAGGAUAUAUAUAUUUUUUUCUAAUUCUUCUGCAAAGCAGAUCAUUAAAAUGCAUUUUUUAAAAUAUAACCCUCUUAAUUUUUGGUUCAAACUCACAUAUUACUGUGCCCACCAAGUAUAACACCAAUGCUCAGUCUUUUUUUUUUUUUUUUGAAUAUCACUUUAGUGCCCACUUUUCAGAAUUAUGUGGUGUAUUUUUUUUCUUUUCUUGUUAAGUUGUAGGCUCUCUCUGCUCAUUGCUUUGCAUUGGUUUUCAAAUAGUUUCAUUAGCUGUUUUGGCCUCCGCAUGGAAUUGUAGUCUAAUAGUGCACAUUAUACGUGUUUAUAUUAUUAGAUGGUGAUCUUAAUUGAAGGUCCUUCAGAGGUUUUCUAAUGUUUUUUUCAUAGUUUGUUUUUAGAGAACAUCCGUUAAAAGAUUUUUUGUCUUGCACGUAUAUUAAGCCAGUAAACUCCAAAAAUCUCCUCUAGGAUAAAAAUUGUUCAAUGUGCUUUUUUUUCUCCUCCAAAUGAAUGGCUAUAUAUUGGGCAUCUUAUUUGACUAGGUGUCAUACUGCAGUUCCAGGUUAUUGAACAUGAUUAGUAUUGUGCUACUGUUAUAUUCACUUACCAGUUUUAGGGAGUCUAGAGAUUCACCCCCUUUUUUUACUGUAACCUAGAAAAGCUCUCAGUCCAGUGUGUAUUUCCAAAGUCCCCCAGAAAAUGUCUUGAAACUAUGAGCAACUGUCUUACAUCCUCGGACUGAUCUUCAAUAUACCAGUCAUCUCAUUGAGACUUAAGUCAAUGCCAAGGAGUCUGUGGCCCUUUUUGAGUAGUGUUACAAAAUGAGACAUUUGUUCAAUGUGCAAUAUGCCUGACGUCAAACAAAACCUGCCCAUCCAGGGAGCCUGAGCCCAGGUUAACAAAAAACCGCAAAUGCUUGACGUCUAAAAAGAAACGGAUCAAAGCAUUGUUCCCUCCUCAUUUUGACCAGCAUCUGUAUCCUAAUGGUGUAAGUUGGGGUUUGUUUGUUUUCUGGGAAUGCCUUGGUCUAAUGAAUAGCUUUGAAAUAAUAAGUAGGGCUUUCAAAUGACGUGUAUGUGUGAGUAGGGCAUUUAAAAAGUAUGUGUGAAUUUAUAUCGGAUCUCUACAUGUAAUGUGUUCUUUUGAGGAUAGGACGCUUUGUGAAAGGCGAACAUGAGUCCCAAUUGCCCACCUUUUCUGACACUAUUAGGAUGUUUAUUUUAUCUAGGAUCGUGUGUACAUGUUAAUCCAAAUGAAGUGCAGUGGAAAAAAUCUUAAAAUCGAUAUAUAUAUAUAUAAUUUUCUACCUAAUAAGGAAAACAACUAAAAUGGAUUUAUUUGACUUCUCUAGAACAUGUUUUACCAAGCAUGGUUUCGUCCUCAGAAACAGCUCUGUUGGUCUGUUCAUUAGAAGCUGUUCUCCCAUCGGCUUCCAGUGCUGUUUAUCACCCCUCUUAAACCUAAACCAUUGAUGUGGUCACAUUAUAUGUACCAAUAUUGAAUAGAAAUGUGUAUUCCUUGAAAUACUCAGAGAUUGUAUUAUACUUCUAACUAUACCAAGGUACCUGAGGUUAUUAUUGAAACCUUGAUAUACACACAUGUAUGUAUAUUGGUAUGCAUCUGAGUUUGUCCGCCCCAACUUACAUUCCCACACAGGUGUUGCUAUUUUUAAGUUCAAGGGAGCAAUGUACAAGCAGAGAAGUGUCUUAUUAUAAUAAAAAAAAGUAUACAGAGAAAAAGUUAAAUAAAAAUCUUUUGUUUUAAUGGAA